AUGGCUGUGGCAGAUGUACAGCAUUCAGCUUCUGCAGCCGUCACAGGAGCAAUCUUUUUAGCAAUUGGCUUCAUCCUUCGACGACGCGGUCCCUAUGUUAUUGCAACGACAUGUUUGUUCGUGGCCAGCUUGGUGAGCACACAGAUCUUGAUGAGCAGGUUGAGCGUCUUUUACAAGCAUCCAGGAGUCGUCACCACCCUUCACUUCUUCUGCGUGUGGCUAACUUGCUGCGCAUACUGGUUCCUCUCCGGUGCAAAGCAAGCUUUGAGCGCUUUGAGCGUCGAGCGGACACAUGAAUGGUUUCUUCGGAACAUCCUUCCGCUUGCCCUGAGCAACCCACUGACGGUGGUCUUCAACAACACUGCCUUGGUGUAUGCUGGAGCUGGUGUUUGUGCCAUACUGGGCACACUGUCACCGGUAAGUGUAGCCUUGCUGUCUUAUGGAUUUGGCCGCAAUUUGACGUGGAUGUCGUGGAUGGGUAUUUGGUUGGCAUUUUCUGGAGCUUUGGUGAUUGCUGCAGGCGAAGUGAAGUCUCUCCAGACAACUGCUGCACCUCAGCGAACCCUGAUAGGUAUCCUGUUCGCCCUGGCUUCCGUCGGCACACGGUCCUUGAAAAUUGUGGUUAUGGAUAUUCUCCUUGCGCCCUGCGAGUAUUCUUCGGAGAUGAGCCCAUUGAAGGAGGAAAAGGCACUGAGCCCCAUGCAGCUGUAUUCCUUGCAGGCACCCUGGUGUGUUCUUACGGCCUUCAUCUUCGCCGUUUGCACCGACAGCUUCCAGCAAGCCUUGACAGAGCUCAGCCGCGAAGCUGUUACUUUAAUCUGCCUGACCUGUGUCUGUGCCGUGUCCCUGAACUUCUUGGGAGUCUUAGCCCUGAAGGAGCUGGGAGCAAGCUCACAGCAGAUCAUUGGCAAGCUAAACACCAUUUGCGUUGGCGCAAUCUCUGUGGGAUACUUGAAUGAACAGCUCUCCCUCACCGUGGUCUUUGGGUCUGCUAUCGUCUUGUCCGGGGCAGCCUUGGUCGAACUGGGAAAGGCGUCAAAUCCGAAGGAAGGAAAAGCAUCUAACCUGGAGCCAGGCUCCAGCAAGGUCUAG